AAAUAAUUACUAACAAUCUAAACUAGUUUAGUCUGUCUAACAUCUGCUAGUCACGCCGUUACAAACCAUAUUUACUUAUGUUACCAUAGCAACGUGAACGCGCGACAGAAGUGGUCUCUACCUGCGCUGUGCGACAUGGCAGAAGUCGAGGACACUUUAAAGAGAAUUCAGGGUCAUAAGGGUGUCAUUGGCACAAUAGUCGUUAACGGAGAAGGUAUUCCCAUCAGAACUACACUGGACAACUCCACUACAGUUCAGUAUGCAGGACUGCUGCAUCAGCUCACUUUGAAAGCCAGAAGUACAGUCAGAGACAUCGACCCUCAAAAUGACCUGACAUUUCUGCGCAUCAGAUCCAAGAAACAUGAGAUCAUGGUGGCGCCAGAUAAGGAAUACCUGUUGAUUGUCAUCCAGAGCCCAAGUGAAUAGUAUUGGUCGGUGCAAAAAAUGAAUCUCAUGUGCAUACUAAAUUAUUUUCUUUGUUGUGUAAGUACAGGUUUUAUAGUUUUGUCUGGUUU